AUGAAAUUGACAAUUGUCUUAUCGGCCGUUAUAGGGUUGGUUUCUACAGUUCAGGGCAUUUGGUUGGAUACCAACAAUGUGACUAAUUUGAAAGAAGUCAGUGCAAUUUUCGCUGAGGGUUUGCUCGACUACUAUGAUGGUAAUGAAUACGGAGGAACCAUUGGGAUGUUCACAUGGCCAUAUUAUUGGUGGGAAGCUGGUGGAGCAUGGGGAUCGCUCAUUGACUACACGUAUUAUAUGGAAAAUGACACUUUUGUGCCGUUAAUUAAACAGGCAUUGGAAUAUCAGACAGGGGACGAUCUCAACUACAUCCCUCUUAAUCAGUCGACCACCGAAGGUAAUGAUGAUCAAGGGUUCUGGGGUCUUGCGGUGAUGGCAGCGACCGAGAAGAAUUUCAGUAACCCCGAUAACAAAGAUAAGCAUUGGUUGGCGUUGACGCAAGCGGUGUUCAACACGAUGACUGCGAGAUGGGAUCACAAAGAAUGCCACGGAGGGUUGAGAUGGCAGAUUUUCCAGUGGAAUUCGGGUUAUGACUACAAGAACUCGGUUUCCAAUGGUUGUCUUUUCAAUAUCGGGGCCAGAUUGGCCCGGUACACCAGUAACGAUACGUACAUGGAAUGGGCUGAAAAAGUGUGGGACUGGAUGUACGGUAUCGGGUUGUUAACCGAGGGAGAACAUUGGUAUGUCUACGAUGGUGUUACCGUCGGGGGAAACUGCACUGAUAUCACCAAAUUGCAAUGGUCAUAUAACCAAGCAUUAAUGUUAUCGGGUUGUGCUUUCUUGUACAACUACACUGAAGACGAAAUGUGGUACAACCGUACCAUGAGAUUGUUAAGCGGUGCCCAGGUCUUCUUCAAGGACGAUAUCAUGUAUGAAGCUGCGUGCCAGGGUUCCAACAACUGUAACCAGGAUCAACGUUCGUUCAAGGCGUACUUUUCUCGUUUGUUGGGAUUGACGUCCGUCAUGGUGCUAGACACAGAACCGGUUAUUACUGAGUGGUUGGUUGCCUCCGCCAAUGCUGCGGCCAAAAACUCGUGUACCGGGGGUAGCGAUUGGCAUACCUGUGGUUUGAACUGGCAAAAUGGUACGUGGGACGGAUACUAUGGUCUCGGUGAACAAAUGUGUGCCUUGGAAGUUGUCACCAAUUUAAGAGUUCACGAUCUUCCUCCACCGUAUACUGCUAAUAAUGGUGGUUCAUCCAAGGGUAAUCCUGCUGGUGGUUAUGCUGUCACAAACACCAAUUCGUCUCCAUUAAAUUUGGAUAAAGGUGAUACGGCUGGGGCCAGUAUUAUUACUGUUAUUAUUGCUGCCUCGCUCGUAGGAUCGGGUGUCUGGUUAAUUCUAUAG